AGCUGGCUAUUUACCCGGCGAGUGUCAUUUAGCCGGAAUUGUAUAUCCUCAAAAGUCUCAACCAUCACUUUAGCCUCAAGACAGUUGCCAUUCCUCCUCAUAUGACUGGCUUCAUCGGCCCGACAGGUCUGGAUCAGGUCAUAUUUAUCCUGAGUGGGUAUGGCGGUACUCCAGAAAAGGAAUUGGGAAGGAGGUACGCAGAGAUAAUUCCCAGAGGAUGAUUUAUGCCCCUCCUUUUCUUUUUCUGCGGAGGUCUUCCUCAUUCUCUUCUCCUUUUUUCUUCUUCAUCCUCAAUUAGAAGCGUUCUAUUAUUCUCCUUUCGGAGAGUAACUCUAAGACACAAUAACCAAAAUGGCUUCCCCCACCGUUAAGCUGAACAGCGGAUAUGACAUGCCACUCGUGGGCUUUGGCCUCUGGAAGGUGAACAACGACACAUGCGCAGACCAGAUUUACCACGCCAUAAAGGCUGGAUACCGUCUCUUUGACGGCGCAUGCGACUACGGUAACGAGGUCGAAGCUGGCAGGGGUAUCGCUCGCGCCAUCGAGGAGGGUAUCGUUAAGCGUGAAGAGCUCUUCAUCGUGUCCAAGCUUUGGAACAGCUUCCACGAAGGUGACCGCGUUGAGCCCAUCUGCCGGAAGCAGUUGGCCGACUGGGGCAUCGACUACUUCGACCUGUACAUGGUGCACUUCCCCAUUGCCCUGAAGUACGUUGACCCGGCCGUCCGCUACCCUCCCGGAUGGUCUUCGGAGAACGACAAGCUGGAAUUCAGCAAUGCUACCAUCCAGGAGACCUGGACAGCGAUGGAGUCGCUGGUCGACAAGAAGUUUACCCGCAGCAUCGGCGUUAGCAACUUCAGUGCUCAGCUGCUCAUGGAUCUCCUCCGGUAUGCGCGCGUCCGUCCCGCAACCCUCCAGGUUGAACACCACCCCUACCUCACUCAGACUCGUUUGGUAGAGUAUGCCCAGAAGGAGGGCAUCACGGUCACUGCGUACUCGUCUUUCGGACCUCUGAGCUUCCUCGAGUUGGAUGUGAAGAAUGCUGUGGAUACGCCUCCGUUGUUCGAGCACAACACUAUCAAGAGUCUGGCCGAGAAGUACGGGAAGACUCCUGCUCAGGUGCUGCUGCGCUGGGCCACCCAGCGCGGUAUUGCUGUCAUUCCGAAGAGCAACGACCCCACUCGUCUGUCGCAGAACCUGGAGGUCACUGGGUGGGAUCUGGAGAAGACCGAGUUGGAGGCGAUCAGCUCGUUGGACAAGGGCUUGCGGUUCAAUGACCCACUUGGAGUAAGUCUUUCCUCGAUACUCGUAUGCCUUCUUUUGCAUAUUCUAACUUGGCUUAGUACGGACUUUACGUUCCAAUCUUCUAAAGUAGUGAAAGAUGUGUGGUGACUUGCGAAUAAAAAUGUAUAUGGCAUAUGAGUGCAUAGUUAUGAUACACCCAACGAUAUAAAGAUCGUUCGCUGUCUAGUGCAGUACCUACUAUUCCUAUACUGCAAAACCCAGAAGGAGCAGAGUACAAGUGAGGGUGCUUCUUUGGCAGAACUAUACCCAUUUACUGGGCUGCUUCACUCCAACUGUACCGCGAACAAUUGAAUGGGGUUGAAUAUUCAUGAAACCAACUUGAUAUAAAAAUCCAUUUUAGAAAUAGUAUUCCCGAAUUCCAGGAGAAAAUAAACUCCUCUACAGAAUAGUAGUAAAUGUAUACGUCUCCAACAAGCCCCAAUAAAACCAGGGGACAUAGUUGAGGUCGACUUCUAAAAGUGGGUCUGCCACUUUCGGAAUGGAAUAAUAUUGUCCCAGAAGUGGCAGGAGGUCUGUG